UCCCAGCAACGGGACGAGAUGGCUGCAGUCCCGGUCCUGGUAGUCACCCUCGUCUGCGGCCAGAGACGCGAGGAUGACGGGACUCAACACUCGCACCGGCAACCUGCCAGGGUGGUCCCUGGGAAAGGGGAUGGAGGGCCCAUAAUAGAUGUUGAAGUCCACCGCGAAGAGCCCUGGGCACUUCAUAGAUGGUAGAAGUGGGAAAUUCAUAGAUGACUUCCUGCGCAAACCACCAAGUGUGCAAACACUUCAGUUCCUCCCUUUUGUCGAACAGCAUAUUCACCACAAUCAUGGCGUCAAUGCCGGCACGGAGGGUGAGGCCAUGACCAUGGCUGCUUCUGCCAAGUAUUUGCCCGGUCGUUAAACACAGAGUUUGUGGUGAUUUUGUAGAAGAUGGAUUUGGAUAGAGAGCGGAAUGACGAGUCACAUGUUGAUAGGACGGUGUAUUCAGAACAAGUGAAGCGGAUACAUUGAGAAGCAAUAUGGCUGACAAAACGGAAACAACUUACAGACUAAUUACAAACUAUACGACAAGGCAGUGUGUACUACCAACUGCUGCACUAUGUCAGGACUAUAAGUAGGUGCUAAAUUAAUUCAACAUACGUCCACACCUCCAUCUGGCACACCCAAACAAAGAUGGACGUGUCAUGAGGGACCAGGAGGAGCACUACUUGAAUCUUUGAAUGUGAGGCCCGGAACCAUUUGCAGAGACUCAUCUCGCUGGAAUUUCUCCAACCAUUCAAUAUGUUCAAUAUUAACCAUGGCAGAAGGCAAAUCAAACUGAAACAAUGCAAGCCGGCAACUCAAUAAAUCGAUUACAACAGAGACAUUCGUUGAGAGAUUUAAAUACAUGAACGGGGUCAGCAACACAUCUCAAUUUAAAAUCAGGAGAAACUGGGUUGGGAAUACAAUAUUUAAUAUUACCUGAUUGGGACCAAACCCAAGUUUACUUAACAGAGACCUGUUCAGGAGCACUGCUCCCUCGGUUGAUGGAUCCUGCAAUAUGAAACUGAAAAUGUCAACACUCGUUUAGUGUCAUGGCACCAGCAGAAGAAAGAGUCGAAAUGGAGAGAGGGCAGAUACACCUCGUUGAUGACGCACCACUGAACUAAAUUUUCUUUACACACUACUGGGAGACCCACAAUGGCGCAGUGUCGUUCAGCAUCUGAAAAUAGAUUCGCAUAACAUACCGCAGACAAGAUGGCAUAGGGCAGCGUAACUUGUUACGCUGGAAUGACUCUGUAUGGACCUAUGGACUACAUUCAAGGGCAUAACCCUCAGUAACUCAUAUCUGACUCAAAAGUGGACAAAAUGGCAUAAACAUACAUCUAAGUCCUGCGGCGAACCACUGAAACAAAAGAAAUGCAUACGUUGACAGGCACAUACUCGUGAAACAUGCACAGCAACCAGACCGCAACCGGGUAACAUUUUCGUUACACAAGCGGGAGCAUCUUUCGUACGGGCGAAAGACAAGUGCUGAAUCGGUUCAAGACCAAAUAAUACGGAGGACGGAUACGGAUUUUGUCGUUAUGCCUGCUGUCUCCCUCGUUUCUUUUCUGUUUGGUUCACCUUGGUCCUAAACAGUAGCUAUGACGCGCAAUCCACUUUCUUUAAGAGCAGAUUUAGACUCAUUAAUUGGUUGUUUGAAUACAACUCCUUCACAUCCCCUCAUAAAGUGGAAAACUACUGACAUCUUGUGCCAUCAUCACUUUUCGGAAUGCCACUAUCACCAUAAAAAUGGGGCCGAUGGUGUUGUUGAUGUUGCUGCCGGUCGCCCUGCAAGCCUUCUCCCUUCCUGACGGUGGCGUCUCUGAACUUCUCACCAAUAGCAUCUUCCAAGGAUCUGGUGAUGACGACUCUAUCACGAAGGGCGAAGAGGGGUCGUUCAUCGAGGGUGACAUCCGCCCCCCUCCCCAGGGCUUCAGUCGCAACGGCCUGACGGACGAGAACCGCCGUUGGAAGGACGCCAUCGUGCCGUACAAAAUCGAAGGCAACUUCACCAAAGAAGAGCUUGGUUUUGUCAGCCAGACCAUCGCCAGCUACAACCGCAACACCUGCAUUCGCAUCAUUCCAAAGAGGCCCAAGGACAAAGACUACAUUGCUGUCAUCAACAGCAAGUCAGGUUGCUGGUCGUACUUGGGUCGCAUUGGUGGACGCCAAGAACUCAACUUGGCGAAAGGCUGCUUCAACGGCAAGCCGGGCACGACGAUCCACGAGUUCAUGCACGCCAUGGGCUUCACUCACGAGCAGAACCGCGCCGACCGCGACGACUACGUCACCAUCAACUGGGAGAACAUCGUGAAAGGUCAUGAAAAUAACUUCAAGAAAAACACUGCCACCUCCGCCUACGGUGUCAAGUAUGACUUCAACAGCGUCAUGCACUACGCCCUGACAGCGUUUAGCAAAAACAAGAAGCAGACCAUUACACCCAAGAACUACAAAGGUGAAGUCGGACAGCGCAACGGUCUCAGCGCGGGCGAUGCGGCCAAGUUGAACGCCAUGUACAAAUGCAACGAGGAGGAAGAUAUUGAAGAAUGAAUUUAAUUGCGCCCCUGUCUCAACUUCUGGCAUAUUAUUGUUAAUUUAUUUAAUAACUUCCUAAUUAUUGUCAUGAACCCCAUUGUCAUGCAGCCUGUAUCUCAUCAAGACAAAAGAGAUGUAUAGUUUGCUUUUUCAGUCAUUUAGCUGAUGUAAAAAC